AUGGGAGCCAAUAACAGUACUCUAUCAAAAGAUUUGUCAAACAAUGAAUAUUUGUUAAAAUUAUCUGGUCCAGAUUACAUUUCACCCAAUGAGCCAUUUUGGAACCAGUUGCUGUCAUUUGCAUUCAGUGUCCCCAAAACGAGUGCUGAUCAAAGACACCUAGAAGACAUAACAUCAAAUCUUUGUAAGAACUUUGCAAUAAACAACUGCAGAACAGGAAACUUUGGCUCCCUCAUUAGAGUAUUUCUCAUGAGAGCCAAUGAAUUGUCCACAUCUGCACUUUGCAAAGAUGAUUUGUUCACUUGGCAAACGUGCAAUGCUUUGUUCAUCAUUCGAAUUGUUUGUAAGUAUUUCAUUGAAAAUCUAACUGAAGAAGUUGUUGUUCAACAGUUUGAAACAAUCAACUAUACUGAAGGUACGAACCAGUUGGAAGCAAGGGAUGCAUUGAUGGAGGAGUUCCUCAACAGAUUGGUCUACAUCCUCAUAGAUGUUCCUCAAACGGAUGUGACAUAUUCCAUUCACAUCGAAUGCAUCAACAUCAUACUUUCUUUACUGUCCAUUCAAUUGUUUCAAAUGAGUCCAGCGUCAGAGUCAAUGCUUCAUAGAUGUUUCAUGCAAGGAAAGUGUUCAAGAAAUUCAUGCAAGUUAGUGAAAAAUUUGUUGGAGACUUUCACUUCACAAUGCAGAACGAACAACAACACACCACACGGAGCUCUCUAUGGGGUUGCUUGUAGGUUUAUAUCCAGUUUGUGGAGUGUUGUAACGUUGGGACUGGCCAAUCAAAAAACAGAGCAUGUUGUGAAUGAAUCACGGGCAAUGCUGGCCAAUCAGAGUCUGUUACUGUUGUUGGUUCUGUGCAACCAGUUUUGCUCAAAUGGUUCUUUCAUUAACCCCUAUCAAACGGCCUUCUUGUCUCUUCAUGAUGAUAUACCGAAUGCAAUAGAAACGCCAGCCACAAGAGACCACAUUUCGGUGAAAUUUUUAGACUUGUACACAACGAUAUGCAGUACAAUAAAGACAGACACCUGUACAUUGCUUGUCUACAUGUUACUACACAGAGUUGAACCUUUCAAAACAUAUUGCCUGUCCAGAACAAACAUCGAACAGUUGGUUCUUCCUAUACUUGAGAUGUUGUACAACAGUCACGAGGGUAACUCCCAGCACCUCUACAUGGCCCUCAUCAUCAUUCUCAUCUUGAGUGAGGAUGCUAACUUCAGUCUUGCAGUUCAUGACAUUCCAAUCUCGAAGCAAAUACCAUGGUUUAACGAGCGCCAGUUGGGUGAGAUAUCUCUGGGAGGGCUGAUGGUUCUUGUGCUUGUGCGUACAAUUCAGUACAACAUGACUCGAAUGAGGGAUCAGUACCUGCAUACGAAUUGUCUUGGUGCCCUUGCAAACAUGUCUUCACACUUCAUGAACCUGCAUCCCUACGUGGCUCAGAGAUUGGUCAGCCUGUUCGCACUGUUGUUGAAAAAGCACAAAAAAGCAGCGGAUAGAUUGAAGGAGAUAGCAGAAAUCGCUAGAACAAAUGAAAACAAGAUUUUCAUUCCAUUGUUACAGGAAUUGGCGGUGAUUGAGGAAGUUAUUCGCAUGACGUUGGAGAUUUUGAACUCCUGUUUGUGCCACUCAUUGAAUUAUAACCCUAAUCUCGUCUACACCAUGCUCUACCAGAAGGAAAUUUUUGUCCAACUUUCCAGCCACCCAAGCUUUCAGGAUAUUGUAUUUAAUAUUGAAAUGAUAUUAAAUUACUUUGCAUCUUGUUUGGAGAAGCAGGGUGGUUCGUUGUCAGUAACUGAAGUACAUGCUCUCAUCAAACAGGCUGGUCUGCAGUUUAAGAAAGAUCGACUAAAAAAAUUUCCAGAGCUGAAGUUUCGGUACGUAGAGGAGGAAAGACCUGAAGAAUUUUUCGUUCCUUAUGUUUGGUCUUUAGUCUACAAGUUCUCUCACAUCUACUUCAACCCAUCCAGGAUCAGGUUGUUCCCAGCCUGA